AUGAUUUAUUCAUUAAUAAAUUGUAAAUCAUUAAAUAAUUUAAGUAUUUUAAAUUUUUGUUCAUAUGGUUUUGAUUGUAUUGAAAAAAUUAAUAAUUUGAUUACUAAUGAUGAUGAUGAUGAACCACUCUCAAAUGGACUACAAAAAUUAUUAUCUUGUAAAAAUUUUCAAUAUUUAAAAUUAAUAGGAUUUGAUUUUAUUAAAGAUAUUAAUAAAGUAUUUUCAUCAUUGGUAAACAGUAAUAAUGGUUCUUCAAUUAAAACAUUAAUAUUAGAAUGUUCUCUACAUAAAAAAUCAUUUGAAUAUUGUCAUGAACUUUCAAAUUGUUUAUUAUCCAAUAUUUAUAAUUUAAAUUUAACAUAUCUAAAAAUUAAUUUUGUAUUUUCAAAUGAUGAACAUGGUUUAAAAAUUUUAUCAUUUAUUUUUGAUACUUUAAUUCAAAAACAACAACAACAACAACAACAACAACAACGACAACAAUUAAAAGAAAGAAAUGAAGAAUAUGGAAAUAUCUUUACAUUUAAUGAUAGUAGAUUACAUCAUAUUGAAUUCAGUAUGUAUCUUGAACACUUUGAUACUGUUUUUGGUAAAAUUAAAUCUUUAUCAAAUGAUCAAUCAAAAAUACCAAAUUCAUAUCCAAUUGUAAAAGAAAUUCAUAUGUGCAUUUUGAUGACAGAUAAAAAAGAAAAGGUUUUAUUAAAAAAAAGAAUACAAGACGAAUAUUAUAUGUCAAAUUUAAAUGAUCAUAGAACUAUAAUCAAUAUUUUGUAA